GCGAAGGCGAAGUAAAAGAGGAAUCAUGUUCCGCGGUGAUAACGUGGCGCAUUGAUAACGUCCAUCGUUGUACUUUGCGAUUUCGUUUUUCUCCCCGACUUUCCCCGUAAAUGAGGUUUUCCCCGUCGGCGUAGCGCCCUGCUUAGAUAAGGCGAGGAGAAAGUUGGGCUUAUGCCAAGUAGGAGCAAACCGUUUGGAGAUGCGAGCGUGUGACGCUUCAAUCAAACGGCUUAACGCUGAGUUUCGGCGGAGAUGUUAGAUUAGUCGCCCAAUUCCCUGCUGAUUAUCUCGGAGAGGUUACCUUUUGAAUUUGGAAAAAUCGGUGACGUUAUCCAGUGGGAACGCAGAACCGUGCUGAGAAUCCAUUGACCGUCUCCAUCUAGUUUGGUUUUGGAGAGCACAGCUGGGACGCUCUGCGUGCAAACCUUCCUUCGGGUCCUUCAGACUCGGUGCGAGAGUUUGCUUUCUAAAGCCCAAGUACUGGGUUCCAGCUCAGUCAAACUUCGAGGAGGCUCUCUAUUUAUGAACGUUGGGAGGUCGGAGAAGCACGACUCAGAUAUUAGACAAACACCUCAUGUGAAUAUUAAUCCCUUCACUCCCGAUUCCAUGUUCCUUCACAACUCUGAAGGGCAGUGUCGAAGAAGGAAGAGAACGCACUGGAAUGACUCUUGUGGAGAGGACAUGGAAGCAAGUGAUGGAGAGCCCGAGGAUGAAGCUAUCAGACCUGCUAAGAGAAUCACAAUCACAGAAAGUAAUAUGAAGUCACGGUAUGCAACCGAAUUUCAUGAGCUGGAGAAGAUCGGAUCUGGUGAAUUUGGUUCUGUGUUUAAAUGUGUGAAGAGGCUUGAUGGCUGUAUUUAUGCUAUAAAAAGAUCCAAGAAGCCCUUAGCUGGCUCAGUGGAUGAGCAAAAUGCUUUAAGAGAGGUUUAUGCACAUGCAGUUCUGGGGCAACAUUCUCAUGUAGUAAGAUACUACUCUGCGUGGGCAGAAGAUGAUCAUAUGCUUAUACAGAAUGAAUACUGCAAUGGUGGCAGUUUAGCCGAUGCCAUAAGUGAGAAUUACAAGAACAUGCGUUAUUUUACUGAGCCAGAGCUGAAGGACCUGCUGCUUCAGGUGGCUCGAGGCUUAAAGUACAUACAUUCAAUGUCACUGGUACACAUGGAUAUCAAACCUAGUAACAUUUUCAUAUCCAGGACAUCGGUGCCAAAUACAACUUCAGAAGAAGGUGAUGAUGAUGAAUGGUCAUCUGAUAGAGUCAUAUUUAAAAUAGGUGACCUUGGCCAUGUAACUCGAGUAUCAAGUCCGCAAGUGGAAGAAGGCGACAGCCGUUUCCUUGCAAAUGAAGUCCUACAGGAGAACUACACUCAUUUGCCAAAAGCAGAUAUUUUUGCUCUUGCUCUAACCGUUGUCUGUGCUGCUGGGGCUGAACCUCUUCCAACUAAUGGUGACCAGUGGCAUGAAAUUCGACAAGGAAAACUACCAAGAAUACCACAAGUGCUUUCUCAAGAACUGCUGGAUUUACUAAAAGUUAUGAUCAACCCUGAUCCAGAGAAAAGACCUUCAGCUGUGGCGCUCGUCAAGCAUUCCGUGCUGCUGUCUGCUGCAAAGAAGAGUGCAGAGCAGCUGCGAAUAGAAUUGAAUGCUGAAAAAUUCAAAAAUUCACUCUUGCAGAAAGAGUUGAAGAAGGCACAGAUGGCAAAGGCUGCAGCUGAAGAGAGAGCUCUGUUCACUGACAGAAUGACAACUAGAUCCACAACACAAAGUAGACCAUCUCGACUCAUUGGCAAGAAAAUGAACCGCUCAGUUAGUCUUACUAUAUACUGAAUUCUGAUGUCCAAAAGAACUACUGAGAAUGGCUAUAGCAUCUCUGCUGGACUGAAGCCUGAGGAUUUGAAGGGAACAUUCAAUUCCUGGUUUCUUGUCCUCUCUGGACAGUGUUGCUAGUUUUACAGGAAUUGCUUCUGGGUUUUUAAUUUCUACGAUAUGGCUGAUGAGCUGUACUGGCUUUGAGAUAAUGGACUCGGUUACUAUCUGUAGAGGAUCCUGGAUGUUAAUCCAUAAAUGUUUCAGUUACACUGUUAGAUGUCACAUCGUCCCAGGGUUAACCACUAUAGUGGUGUGCUGCUUUCUAGUGUUACAGCAUUGUAGUAAGAAGUACUAUCCAUAAUGAUCUUUAAGAAGGAGGGAAGGGGACUUGCUGUGUUACUGGUUUUGGAGCAGAGGGGAAUAAAUUUUGACAGACAGGCUUUAAGGCCACCUAUGCUCAGUGUACCUGAUGUCAGGUAGACUUCUAUUGUGAAUUUUAUUUGUAUAUUCAACUGGGAGCACUUUGUAGGCAUUGCAUAAACCACAGCUUAGAAACCUGUGGAAUUAAGUGCCAUGUGGAACUGCUGCUAUUUUAGUGUUUUGUUCUCGCUGUAAACUGUAGCAUUAAAACAAUCAUUCUUGUGUUAAUAGGUUUCUUGUUAAAACAAUUACACGAAUCAAAUCUAAGCUGCAUUUUAGUGAAGGCAGCAUUUUUCUCUUGAAGCUAGUGCAUUGUGAAAUAAUGCACCAAUUUAAUACUUGGACUCUGUAUUAGUGUAGUGCAAUUGUUAAUGUCUUGGCUAUUGAUGUUCUGUAAUCCUUUCUAAUAAGGUUCUCUAAAUGUUGGUAUUCUCUUCAGUUUUUCAUUCUUGAGGCUCUUGUAUAUUUUUUUUAAUGUUGAAAUACCUGUAAAUAAUUGUUUAGUGUAAGUGUUAAGGUUGUUCCUCAUUGUUUAUGUACAUAAGUUUAACUGUGUGUGUGUAUACUAUAGUGAAAAUGCAUACUAUAGUGUAUAGUAUGCUAUAGUAGAAAUGCAGUCUGGGAUGCCAACAGAGAAAUUUCGACUAUUCAGUUUUAAGUUCCCAAACAAACAGAAUGUGGCCAUUGAAACUUGUACUGAUGUUGGUUUUAGGUUAACAGAUGUUACUGAAAAAUAGAACUGUUCUAGUAACUGGCUUGUUUCUUCAUUAAUUUUAGUGUAAACAGUGUUUCUCCCAUUUGUGCUGUUUGUUUUUAUUAGUGUUGAAUUUGAAUAUUAAAGUUACAAGUUGUAUUUA